UAUUGUGCAACUUUACUUCAGUUUACUCUGUUACACAUUUUGUUGAUUAGAGCAAUUGUAGUACUGCUAAUGAUUAUUCACUCUUCCCGAAAUAGUUAACCAACCAACGAGAUCUGAAAGAUGUCUAAAUAUAAAUUAUUAGAGCAUCUGGGCAGCGGUGCGUUUGGUGAAGUACACAAGGCAGUAGAAUUCUCUACAAACAAGAUAGUUGCCAUAAAGAAAGUUGGCCUAUGCCUAGAUUGUUCUGAGGUCAUGAUUCUUCAAAUCAUCGGCGCACAUAACAAUGUUGUUCAGUACAUAGAAUACUUCACUGAUCAAAAUAGUAUUUACAUUGUCUUGGAAUAUUGCCAUUUUGGCUCUAUAGACAAUUUCUUGAAACACAACCCAAGUCUUGAUAAGAAUAUGCGUAUGAGAUUCUUAAAAGACGUGUCGAAUGGCCUAGCGCAUAUUCAUGGCGUCAACAUCGUACAUCGAGAUUUAAAGCCUGCCAACAUUUUGAUCGACAAUCGACUUGUUGCUAAAAUAGCUGAUUUUGGAUUGGCUAAGGUUUUGAAUUAUUUAACGACAACAGUGGAGGAGAAGUACAUGAAGACAAGGCUUGGCACCUUACCGUACAUGGCGCCAGAAGUACUACAAGGACAUUAUGAUGCCAAUGCAGACAUUUUCAGCAUGGGAAUUAUAUUUUGUGGUAUUUUAGAUGACAACUUAAAAGAACAGGUCGAGAAUGAGCUGAUUGGUGUGAAGAUGUGUCGUGAACAAAACUACAUCUACAAUGUACCACCAACUAUUGGACCAUUUAUGGAAAGUCUUGUCACUAGAAUGCUGCAGAAGGAUUACCGUCGAAGACCUACUGCUCUAGACAUCAGCCAAAAAUUAAUGCAGCAUUUUGCAUGUCUUUGUCUGUGCCAUAUGGGUUUGCAGCCCAUAUGUGGGUGGAUUUUUAAACCAGCCAUUAGCCAGGCUAUGCAAUCCCUGUACAAUAAUGCAUAUAUGGCCAUGAGCAUCCCAGCUAGCAUUGGCCGAACGUUCGGUUUUGCUUCGGCCCAACGUGGAUUCAACUUGUUGGGAAGACGUCGACCCGAUCUGUUGGAUCGACGUUGGCCCGAUAAUGCUUCUGUAACGUCCUCAAACCACGUUGGCCCAACGUACCUGAUGUUGCCUAGACGUUUGCUUUUCCAACAUUGA